CAGCGACACACACACCGGGCUAGACUCAUCACAAUCGCCAGGCACAGCGGCAGUAGUCACCUGAUGUGCGCAAGGCACCGGGCCCGGCCAUUGUUUACACUUUCCCAAUCGGGAAGUGGCCCUGGGUCCCGGCCAUCACGCGUAAGGAAGGCACGAUCGACCCCUUGCCGGUUCGGGUAAAACCAUAUCAAAAUAUACUCUCCCUGUUGCCUUCGGGGUGGUAUAUCAGCUUCCAUGUGCUCGACUCGACUCGGCCAAACCUCCCGAUUGCAGCACGUUUCUGCAGUGUUCUCCUCCAGGCCAAUACGCAAUGGUCGUUGAGACAAGACAGUCCGGGCGCAAACGACGGGUCGGCUCUGUAUCCAGACCGGAGCCUCAACCCUCAGCCUGUUAUCAAACGAGUCGUCAGUCUACUGACGCUAACGUCGCAUCCACACCCUGCAAGACCCCGAGACAGCCUCGGAAAAAGGUCCGCUUCUCAGACCCAGGCCCUCAGCUGCAGGAUGGCUUGGGCAAUGAAACAGGACUUACCUCCGCUAUGCUACGCACAUCCUUUGACAACCGAGGGGAUGUUGAUCUUUUGACUGGCUCUCCAAGUCGCCGUUUGCGACGUCGUUCGACACCAGCUUUUAAGUCUCGCCAUCAGUCGAGCUCUCCAACAGUAUCUCCGUCGGAACAAGAGUUCCGCUUUGCGCCGCUCCGACAACUUUUAGACUCGCGGACCAAACGCAGAAUUCGACGUAUAGGGCUGAGUGAUGAGAUCAACAAGCUAGAGCGCGAGAAGCGAGACGCGGCACGUUUUGAGCGGGAUCUGCAAUCAUUGUUGCGGGAACGCGACUCAUUGAAACAAGAGCUGGAAUCGGUCAAACAACAAGAAGGCUUGCCAAAGGCUGCAACGCUCGAUCCUGUUGAGGAACACCCAUGGCUACCCUCCCAAUCACUGGUCGGGUACUCAGAGCCUGAGACCCCUAGAUUGGGACAAGAGCUGUCUUUUACCAGAGAUGAUCUCAUAGACGACUCCAGCGUGGCCAACACCGAUGGCGAUACAGUCGUUAUCGGUGAUAGCGGGCUCGAGGGUGAAACAAUGCUUCUCUCGACCUCGCCUGAUUUCCGAACUCUUGGGAAACUUCAAAGCUUUAUGCCGGAUGGUCGACAGCUUUUUCGGAGUGAGAGUCCCUACGCGGAUGCUGCAACCAGACUUUUGCUUCCUGACCGUGACUCAGAAGCAGAAACCAAUGCUCUUAUUGCAGACCUCGAAACGGCUAGAAAAGAGAAACGGGCCCUUUUCGAAGCAUGCCGCUUUCGCAUUGCGUCCUUUGACGGUACUGCGCUUGAGCGUCAUCUUCAUCGGGCGUCUCCGCCGCCAGACUUUGUGGAUCAACUGAUACCCAGUUUGACUCAAACACUGGGUCGAGCUUCGAAUGCCACGCACGCAUUAAAUUCCAUCAAGGAGGAAUUGUCAGAUCUCGGGUUCUCAGGGCAGCACACCGAGGACAUUGUUUCCGAGAUGCGCGACCAGUUUCGCUCCGCACGCUUGCGGCUUGAACGAGCGAUCCCUGGGGAAACACCAAAUGCAGGCUUGCAUGACGGCUCUGCGACUCUUAGCGCUCUAGUCAAACGGGUCGAGUUGCUGAUAAGGAGCCUAGGGGACGAGCGAGCAAAGGCUGUCGGCUCUGGUGAUCGGGAAAGAGCCCUUCGUGGUCAAUUUGACAAGCUCUUGGCUCGUUAUGAAGAUGCUAGUGGGAAGAUCAACGAUCUCGAGGAGUCCAUUGCCGGCUCUGCUAGCGACAUGCUUCAUACACGAAUGCGGAUGCAAGAGCUUGAAAAGAACGGUGAAGAACAAGCCGUAGGCAUUGACAGACUUAAUGCCGCACUUGACAGGUAUCGCGAGGAGGUUAAAGGCCUAGAAACACUUGUCACGGAGCUCGAGUCAGAUAAGGUCCGGAACAGCAAUGUCCACAGGCAGGAGGUAUCCAAGCUUCAAUUACAAUUGAGUGAGCAAGAAAGCGCCCGUCGAGUUGCCGAGACCACAGUUGCAGAGCGUGAAACGCGCAUUCGUGAACUAGAAGACACUGUUGAGCAUAAUCGUCUUCGAUCGAGCGAAUUGGCCGCCAAAGUUGAGGAACUGGAGUCGGAACGCCAGAAGGCGAUUGAUAGCCUUAAACAGGAAGCGGCUGAGCAAGUUCAAGAUUGCGAAAAGGAGAUAGGAUCCCUGAAUGUUGUCGUCGCAGAACUCAACACCUUACUCCAGAGUGCCAAGUCGGAAAUUGAUCGAUUAAGGCGGAGCAAUGUGGGCUUGGAACACCAGCUACGACUCGAAACUGAAGCCAGGGAUAAUCUCCUGGAGACGUGGGCUGCGGAGCAAGCGCGUUCAUUUGCUUGCAUGAAAAACACGGUCAGUAAUGAACGGCGCAAGGCAAAGGUCCGAGCUGCCAACUGGGAGCUUCAGUCCGAUGAACUGCAGUCGGAAGGUACCACGCUGGGCAGUGAACCUAUCACACCGGUCAGCAUGACCAGAUUCAUUGAUGUGGAGACUGGACGGGGAAAGCAUCGCAAGCGCCUGGAUAGUGGCAUUGGGAUACUCACGGAUGAACCUGAGGAGGACGUUGAUGCGGGUGCGGAUAUGCAGGUGUUACUGCCCUCGGACCCGGCUGAUCUAUGAGUAGUUUUUAGUCACUGUGCCGUUUAUAUCUAGAACAUUUCUAUCUAGCUUAGGAAUUUAAACUCGAGCUCAUGGAACGUGAUUUACGCCUUAACUAUAUAUACUUGCUACACGUGCACCACGUGGAAACUGGUUUUCUGGUCGACUUAAUGUCAAGUCGG